UCUGACACGAUCGCGUAAGGGUGGUGUGUAUGCUCUCGCUGCGGAUUUAUUGUGACGAACCCAUGCUCCUGUGAAUUUCUCCAGCGAUUUUAGUUUGGGGAAGUGAUUUGCAGUGUUUGCUAUAUUAAAGACGAAAAUAGAAAAGAACUUGCUUGUGUUCAGUAAAGAAAAGCCAUAAAAAGUGUACGCGAGAAAAAAUAUCGACAGAAAUAAUCAAAAGUUCAGGAAAGGAGGCCAAACGUUCAUCCUUCCCCCAAAGGAUGCUUCGCCUCCCUCGCCUGAGGUGAAUCCUGCGCCCGAGACGCGCGUGAAGGACCCGCUAUGUGCCGGGGAGAGCGAGCGCCAGCCCAGGAUCGCCCUUAAGGAACCACCAGGAUGCGGUGGCGCAAGACACAAGGAUUCGACCUGGCCGACGACGGGCGUGACCCCGUGGGCGUGGUGAGCGUCCACGGCGAUGAGCUCCCCCUGGUGUCGUCGCCCCACCCCCGCCUGGCUUCUCCAACGCAGCCCUCCUCCUCCUCGCCAGCGUCCCCAGGCUCCCUCCCCUCCACCCCGCUGACGGCCGUGUCCACGACCACGAUGGAUGAAGUCCCCAGCCCGCAGGCCUCCGGCUUUUCUCCCCGAAGGGACCCCAGCAGGACGUCGAUGCCCCCCGUGAGUCCAUCAGCGUCUGUGUCUGACAUGGCGCUGCCCCUGAACGGGCAGUCACGGCCCGUGUCCGCGCCCCACGCCGCCAGCUCGCAUUCCACUACGAUCCAGGUCGUGUCUAGUCCUCAGUCCCGCGUCGCCAGCCCUCGCCACUCGCUCGCCAGUCAGCAGUCCCAGGCGAACAGCUCCCAGCAUUCGCUCGCCAGCUUCCAGUCAAGAACUACUAGUCCUCAGCGCACGCCAGUCAGCCCCUCGGCGAACGCCAGUCCCCAGCGGACUUCCCUCGGCUCGCACUCCCUUUCCCUCAGCCCUGAGCGGGGGCCGUCCAGUCAGCCGGUCAGCCCCCAGCGCGUGAUCGUUAGCCCCCAGCUACCGCCAGUCAGUCCUGCAGGCGUCACUGUGGUACAGGGGUCACGGCCGACCUCCGUCGUGAGUGUGUCGGGGGCGCCGCUCCCCCUGCGGAACUCGGUGCACUCUGCGCCUGGCACACCCUCGCCCACAGCAGAGCAAGAGAGCAAGGGCGUCGUGGUCGUUGUCGGAGGCCCAAGCCAGAGCGAGCUGAACCAGCGGGACGCGAGUCACCACGACCUGAGCCAACAGAGCCUGAGUCAGCACGACCUUCAGACCAGCUUACUGGACGAAGUCGUCCACUUCAGGUCGUCGAUCUAUCCUCCACGGGGUCCAGGCACGGGGACGACCUCCUCCACCUCGACAACCUCGACGACCACCACCAUCCCCGUGAGCGACUUCACUUCCCCCCUCCCCCCUCGAGCCGUGGAGCGGGACGAAGUGGCGGCGCCGUCACCGUCGCAGCAGAAGCGGAAGACUAGCACGACGCCGCGGAAGUCCGCCUCCAAGGGCAGCGGCGACGCCAAACGCGCCACGCACGAGAAGAGCAAGUCCGUGACAAUCGUCGUGAACGACCAGCACGUCACGUACUCCAACACGGCCAGCACGUACACGACCACGGCGGCAGGCGGGCACCGUCACAACGGCAGCCUGACGAACGGCGACCUCGGGGGCCUCCACGCGCCCAACGGCGAGGUGGUGGCGGUGAACGGGCACGCGCUCACCAAGGGCGACCUCGGCGGCGACUCCACCAGGCCGUCCUCCGCCGCCUCGACGGCGGGGGGCACCAAGGUCGAUCCGGACAUUCAGUACCUGAGCGGGGAGACGGGCGGCGGCGUGGGCGGCGAGGAGUGCGGCGAGGCGUGGAGCAGUGUGGUCUCGGGCGUGUGCGGCGUGGCCGUGGUCGUCGGCGCCGCCUCCGUGCUCCGGCUGCCGCGCCUGCUCUACCAACACGGCGCAGGGAGUUUCCUGGCCGCUUGGUGCGCAGCGCUACUGCUGGUGGCCUCGCCGCUGGCCUACCUGGAGGCCGGCCUCUCGCAGUUCAGCAGCUCGUCGGCGCUGGCGGUGUGGCGCCUCAUCCCCAUCGCCCGAGGUGUUGGCUGGUCGACGGUGGUGGUGUGCUUCUACUGGGCAGUGGUCGUGCUGGGAUACCUGGCGCCCGCCCUGCACUAUGUCUUGCUGGGGAUUCAGCCGGAGAUCCUGGAGGAUGUGGUGUCGCCACACUGCAGUGAGAGCACCCAAAAUUCCAGUAGUGGGGACUGGGCUGUGGAUUAUUAUAGACUGUGUGUGUAUGACCUGCCAGAAUCCUGGCUUAGCGACCUGACUCUGGAUCUGACUUGGCCCUUGCCGGUUGCCGUUGGUGCUGCAGCCCUCAUGUCGGCAAUUAUAGCUGCGUGUGCUCCUCGUGGUUUGGCAGCACUGACAGGUGUUACAUCAAUCCUGGCAGUACUUGGCUCAUCCUUGCAGCUGGGAGUAGGCCUCACAGAGGUUCUGAGUCGAGACUUCAUGGCAUUAUGGGAGCAGGCAGAGCCCUUUCUCAUGCCUCAGGUGGAUGUCCUCCUGCAGCCUCGGGUUUGGUGUGCUGCAUUAGCACAUGUUUUGCUUUCUCUUGGCCUGGGCAUUGGUUUGCUCAUGAACUUCUCAGCCAGAGGCGCUUUCCGGUUUACUUUGAGACGGCACUUAUGGGGAUUGGUGAUAUUGUUAGCAGUGGUAACAGCUCUGGUAUCAGCAGUGACAGUGAUCCAGCUUACUCUGCUAGCAGAUGACCGUGGGCUGGAGCCAGGGCAAGCUCUGGAAGUCAUCAGUAACAGGACACUCUAUGAAGAGGAAGCUGAGGUGGAAACUAUGGAAGGGGUUGGAAUGGCAGUGGGCACAGCAAUGGUAACAGCCUCCCAUCUACUGAAUGUGUUUCCUUUCCCCUUCACGUGGCUGCAGCAAGGGGUCUCCACCAUUGUCUUCCUUGGAUUGUGGUGUAGUGGAGUUACAACUGUCACAGUCUGUAUUCAUGCACUGAUAGCAGCCAUGCGAGAUGCUUGUGACUGUCUGCCAAGUGCUGUCAUAGCCUUCUUGAUAGCACCUGUUGUUGUAGCAGGUGCAUUGCCCACCUCUUUCAAGAGUGGAUCUGCCAUAGUAAGCUUAUUGGAUGUCGAUGUACUGACUAAGGUUGUGUUGUGGCCACCUCUUACUUUGACACUUGCAGUCACAGCUGUGUAUGGUAUACACAAAGUUCGCAAAGACUUCACCUUUAUGCUUGAGGCAACAGUGUCUUGGCUCUGGGCACCUGUAUGGGGUGUAUUCAUCCCUUUGACACUUCUGGGUGUGGUUGUAUGGUCAUGUGUCAUGGACAGCCAACAUGUUGCUGUCAUUGAUGGACCUGCUUGGCGGAUUGCGGUUGUGUGGGGACUUCGUGCGCUGGUCCUGUUACCUGUUCCUAUCACUGCUAUUUAUGUUGUAAAAUCACAACUUGCUUAUGGCGUAAAAGAUAAAGUGGCAUCAUCUCUGCAGUCGUCACGAGAAUGGGGUGACUGGGGGCCUCAAGACCCCAUUGAACAUCAUAACUGGCGAAGAUGGAGAGAAGAUGAAACACGCCCCAUCACUUCCCUUAAACGACGCUUUGCCAACCGCCCUCUGACCUACACGCACUCAACCCUCAGCAGCGAGUCCUCGUCCACACUAACUCGCCUCAGAAAUAAGUAUCAGAGGAAUGGCACGGCAAGCGUUCUCUGACCUCAGUGAUCCAAAUAUUUCACUAAUAUAUAUUCACAUUUAUUUUAUUUUUAUCUUUCUCACAGUUUGUCUGUUGUUGAUAGCUAAUAGUUCCCUUUCUUUGUUAUUUUUUUAUACUAACCCUUACAUGUAUGUUGCCAGUAUGUGUUCUUUUCUUUUUGUUUUAUUUGCAUUGUAUUCUCAUGAUGAUUGUUUUGCUUUGUUGUUCCUUUUUUGUCAGAUUGUUUGUAUUUGUGUUUGAAUUUUAUUACUUUCUGAGUUGUCUUUUGAUGUGAAUAUGUUUGAGAUGAUUAGAGACUUCAGUACUUUGUGUUUGGAGUUUAGGCAUCAUUUUUUUUUUUUUUUUAUUUGGGGGGUCCUUGUUUUCUUCAAAUAGCUUUCUACAGUUUCCCUAUAAAAUAUGUAUCUUUGAUAAAUUAAUCAAACAAACAAACAAAAACAAAUCUUCAAUCAUUAUGUAGGCUAUGAGAAAAUGGUGUUCAGGUAGCAAAUUUGCUCCACAAAUCAAUGUUUGUACUGAUGUUUGGUUCACAUCAUGGAAUGGAUGUCAGUUCUAUGAUAAGGUUGUAAAAAGCACAAACACUAUAACUUUGCCAGUUUACAAAUCUUGUCAAAGCAUCAAUUUGUGUCUUAAGUCCCAAAAGAAAGGCCUCUGGCCAUUAAGUGAAUUUGUUGCUCUGCUAAAAAAACAUAUCUAGUAAUCUAGAGUAAUUACAUGCAUUUUUGUAUAUUUUUCCAAGAAAAAAAUAUUUCCAGUCUUCAAAAAAGUUUAUUAUUAAUAUUUUGGUUGUUUAGUGUGACAGUCAUGGUGAGAGCAUAAGGAACCAAAAGUAAUUUCAAUGUAAUGUGCUUCAUUUCAACUGUGUUCAAGAACUAAAUACCAGCUAAAAGAUAAAUGUUUUGCUUCAUGUCUGGUUAUUGCAAAUACAUGUAUGUCAUCAAUUCCAAGAAAAUAGAUAAAUUGUGAAAUAUAUGAUAUUAAUAUAAUUAUUUUCUUUUUUGGAUUGCUGAAAAUAUCUAUAUUUGCAUUAGGCAUUAAGUGAAAGACCAGAUUUUAUCUUUCUACUUAAAUAUCUAUAUCAUUUGAAUGAUAAGUAGAUAUGAUAUUUUCUCGUCUUUAAGUAUUUGCCUUUUCUACAAAAAAGGCUUUUCUGUGGUUUGGUGUGAUGAGAGAGGCCUGCAUCUAACUCUUAUUAACAUCAUAUUUAUAUGAUACAUAUGAAUAUAUGCAUGACCAAAAUUCAUCUCAGCUUUAAACUUAACAGGAGUAAUAUCCUCUAGAACUGUGAUUGAUUUCUCAGUGUUAGAAAAUUUCAGAUCUACAAAGAGUUACAUUAUUUAAACUGGCUUUAGUAUUGACCUUAAAUCAGAUUGCUAUUAAAAUUAAAAUCAUUCAGAAGGCAGCACUGUAAUUAGGCCUAUCAUAUCUGUAGAGUUUAUUGUAGUUGAUAGUAAGUGCUGCAUUAAAUUUGAUAUCUUUAAUGUAUGCCAGAACUUGUAUAAAACCUGCAAUGGUUAUCAAUCAUUGUCUAUUAUUAGACUUAUGAGUGAAGUCACUUUUCAAUUCUCAGAGGAAUAUUGACAUACUAAAUUCUAGAUCUAUUUCUUUCAUUUUUCCAUGCAGGACUUAAAGUGUUACUCAUCACUGACUCUUCACUGGGAAACAAAGAACCUAAAUCACUCUAGGAGAAUGAAUGCAUUGAACUGAAGUACUAAAGUGCCAGUUAAUAUCUCUUUAAGAUUUUACAUUUUCCUCCAAAUGGAAAGUAUAUUGUAUGUUUAUCAUAGGGCUGAUCUCCCCUGGAUAGGAAAACAAGUCUCAUGUAUUGCUGGUUGAUACAGAGGGACACCUGUCUGGCUUGCUUUUGCUUGCAGUGUUGUUGAUUUUUCCUUCUUCCUCAUAUUCAUUUUUGCCCAUUUGAGAGGAGGGUAUAGACUCUGUAUAUAAUAGGUUAUGUCAGCAUGUUCUGUUUGUAUCUGCUCUUGUAAAUAGUGGUAUGUGUAUAUAUGAAAUAAGGAUAUGAUGUCUGUUACAAAAUGUUACAUGGUCAUAAAGCUUUCACUGUUCAUACGUUGUAUUUCAAGUAACUUCCAUUUUUAUGUCAUGCAUGUCUUCCAGACUGCUCAGCACUUUCCUGUAAUAGUAAUAUAAUUCUGUUCACAUUUUAUAUUACUGAAACUGAUCGCACCACUCCACAUCCACACUGGCAGUGGUAUAUGAGUGUCAGUGCAGAAGGUACCAAGUGUGAAAUAAGAACUAGGAAGCAGACACUGCCUUUCACUUUUCAACAAGAGCUGGUGGGGGUGUGGAUGGGGAGUCUGAAAGGAAGAAGGAAAGGAGGAAAAAGCCAUAGCUGUAGUCUGUGCUGUGAGCUUCUUAAUAUUAAAAGAGAUAAUGUGCAACAACCAAGAUUUGUUUGAUAUUACAUUCUUGAGGUGCUUCACAGUUAAAGUAUUUUUACCUUAUAGUACUUUGACUAGGUAUUAUGUCAAAGGUGACUUUUGGAUGGAUACUGAUUUCAUAAAUGGAUAUUGUUUCUUUUUUGUCAUUAUUAUUAUUUCUUUCUUUAUUAUUAUUAUUUAAAUUUAGAAUAUUUUUUUCCCCUCAAUGUGAUUACUUCACACACAGCAUAACCCUUUGAAAGUGAUAAAAAAACACACCAACAUUUGUGAAGUUCAUUAAAUCAGAGUAGAAUUCUAUGUUGCACCCAACUAGAGAAGCAACAAGGCCAGAGGGAAGAUGCUAUGUUUGUCUUAUUUGUUGUUGCUAUUUUCUUUCUUCCUUAUUUCUCUUGUCUUUCUGUGUGUUGUGCUGUAAGCAUUGAUUAUACCCGAUUUCUUGACAGCAGCAGUAAUAUCAUAUUUUGUUUGCUUCUUUUUUCUUUGAUAUCAUAAUUUAUUGUCAUUAUUGCUGCUUUGAAUAUAGUGUCAUAGUUUUUCAGAUUUCUUUUCACAAAAUAUGCCUGUGAUAAAGAAUAUUCUCUAAUGAUCCCAGUGAUAACUCACAUGUAAAUACAAGCUCAAUACAUUUUAUACAGGGUUAUUGUGUUCAGAUGUGUGUAUUUUUUUUUCUUUUUGUUAUAUCUUGAGAGGGUUUUGUAAUGGAAUGUAAUUUACAAAGUGACUUUUUGCGUACGAUAUACUCUUAGCUGAUGUGGCAUUGAACCACAAAGAACUGAAAAAAUAUACCUUCAUUGCCAAACACAGUAGUAAUGAUAUGCACAAAAUUGCCAUAUACCACUGACUGAAUUUAAACAGUGGUAUCUGUCUACAGUUUACUGGAGAAAGGAAAAGACUGAAACUGUUAUUCUGUUUUAUGGGCAAUUUCCCUAGAAGCAAUUCACAAAAUGUUUGUGAAUUUGAUAUCUUUUAAUGAUGAGGGAAAUCUUAUGGAAAUGUGAAAUGUCAGAAUAGGCAUUAGUCAUGUUUACACUACUUAGGGCAGUCAUGUAAUUUAAGGAAUUGAUGUUUAUUUUCAUUUCAUUAUGUUAUAGAACUUAAAUUGGCCAGUAUGUUAUAUACAGGAAAUCCAAGUGGUAUUA